AUGUCUCCAAUCGACCCAGAAUACUGGUCAAGUUUACAGUUGCCUGUGGCCUUAAAGUGUCAAUACAUAUUGAUGGUUACCCAUCUCCGGUUGUCCAACACCAACAUCACCUCACUCAGAGUCAUAUGCAGAAAACGCUCUGUUGGCAGAACAUAUAAAAAGCGCCAACAUCGGCACCUCAUUUUUCCCGCAACCAAGAUCAUGGAACAUUCUCGGUCCGGACAAACUUAUGUUCUCUUUUUCUUUAUUAUCUCAUGCAAGAAAGUGAAGCUAUACCACAAGCGUAUCCAUUUGCCUCGAUCCAAAUAA